GUCAUCAGAGGGGCUACAUUAUCCAACACUCCCAGACCUUAACUUUUCACGUAAUUUUAACCCUGAGGAAACAGCAGCCUCCAGGAGUGAGAGAGUGUGAGGAUUACAGUAGGAGUGAUGUCCUGAGAUUACUCAGUAUCUAAAUAAAGCCCAGCACUGAGGAAGUCUGUUUAUCCGAGACCGAGCAGAGACUGGACUGUUACCUGUGAGCACAAUGACUGCGCUGUAUCACACAUUCCUGCUAUUUACAGUCAGUAUGGCUUCCCUGCAGCCACAGAGGUCUUUGCGGAGCAAAAGGGGUUUGCUGGAACUAGCCGGCGUGAUCAAGUGCAGCACGGGACGAUCAGCUUUGACUUAUGCGAUGUAUGGAUGUUACUGUGGUCUCGGGGGUCAAGGGUGGCCCAAAGACAGAGCGGACUGGUGUUGCCACAAACAUGACUGCUGUUAUGGGGAUGCAGAAUUUGCUGGGUGUCAGACAAAAAUCGACCGGUAUCAGUGGACGUGUGAAGAAGAGGAAGUUGACUGCGAUACACUUAAUGACAGAUGUGCGAAAAUCCUCUGCCGAUGUGACAGGGAAGCAGCCAGAUGCCUCCGAAAGGCACCAUACAACCAGAAAUAUGCUCUGUGGCCAGAUUUCCUCUGUGGAUGGGUUUAUCCUACCUGCAACAUUUACUAAUGCCAGUAUAAAAUUUGGUAAACAAAUCUUUUUGAGCUUGUAUUGUAUGUUUGAUGCUUAUUAUAGACUUUAUAUUGUUCAAAUCAUUUCCAUUUUCUACUUAAAAUUGUCUUUUAUAUUUACAUAGUUGACUAUCAAAAGUGAAUGGAUUAAAAUAUGCACAAAAUAA